AUGAACGCCUCGCUGGGCAAUCAGACGGAGGCGGCGGGGCUCUUCUUCGCCAACAGCAGUGACUCCCUGGAGCGGGCCCUGGGCUGCUGCACCCAGGCCUCCGUGGUGACCGACAACGGCUUCGUGGUGACCGGCCCGGACGAGAGGAGCCUCUACAUCAUGCGGGUGGUGCAGAUCGCGGUCAUGUGCGUCCUCUCGCUCACCGUGGUCUUCGGCAUCUUCUUCCUGGGCUGCAACCUGCUCAUCAAGUCCGAGGGGAUGAUCAACUUCUUGGUGAAGGACCGGAGACCGUCCAAAGAGGUGGAGGCGGUGGUGGUCGGGCCCUACUGA